AUGCUUUCCAAAUUGGUUCGCCCUUUCGGGGCUUCUGCUAGUCGCUCCCGUACAAGCCUGGCCAGCACCCGAUUCUUAGCUACUGUUCCCCUACAACAGACAGUCAAUAGUAAUGGAGAAUUGACACCUGAAGUUUGGAGCAAAGGAAGGCCUUUCGAACAUUACCCCUGGAAUAACCCUCCUAAGACGCAGGGCACUGUUCGCUUCCUUGGCCCAACCAAAGACGGAAAAGCGGCAUUUCUUAACUUCAAAAAAGGAGAGGAGCAUCAGACCAACUUUGGGCCCAGUCUGGAGAGAGAGGUCUCCAUCACAGAUCUUCGUCACUUCGAGCCCCGGACAACCUUAGGAGUUGAAGGCAUAGAGUUCGUGUACUCACCGACUGUGUUGUCGGAAGACAAACUGUUGCUGCCCGACAAGGAAGCCAUGGAGACGUUCGUUCGAGGCGCCUAUUUUGACGAGUGCGCACAGCUAGUCAAAGAGAAAACUGGGGCAACGAAGGUAGUCGCCUAUAACUUUCGGCAUCGACGGAUCGAAAUUGACACAAACCUCCUUGACCCGUACAAGUUCUCGGGAAAGCCCCUGCCUAAUUUCCACAUGGACAACGAUGCAGAAACGGCGGAGGUGAAUCUCCGUCGAGUCCUUGGAGACGAAGAAGCAUCCGUCUGGACGGGGAAGCGCUGGGGUAUCGUCAAUGUAUGGCGGCCGGUAGGCGAUGUUGUGCGACAGUGGCCGCUUGCCCUUGUCGAUUCCCGCACUGUUCGAUACGGCCGAGAUACCGUGCCCAUAUACACUCUCAACAACUACAAGACGCACUUCACGGCCUUGAAGCCGCAGUCACAUUUCGACUUCUACUACGUGAGCAACUUAGCGCCGGACGAGGCCCUGCUGUUCGUCGACUACGAUUCGGCGUCGAGCGGUAGCAAUGGGACGGUGGUCGGCAUGGCACAUGGCGCCUUCGAGGACCACAACGCCCCGAAGAAGGUCCCACGGCGCCGCUCCAUUGAGACACGUUGUCUGGUACUAUAUGAUGACUGA